GACGGAUGGUACUUCUGUUCUGUGUAUACCCUUUCGGGAAAUAAUACAUUUUUUGGGUUUGUCACUACUACUUGAAUUCAACUUUCAGCGUGUGAAGCGGAAAAUGACGAUUGACGACAACAAUAAGGUGUACAUCGGAGGGCUGCCGUACGACGCCACCGAAGAAACCCUUCGCCGGGUCUUCAGCAUCUAUGGUUCCGUUGUCGCCGUUAAGAUUAUUAAUGAGCAUCCUCCUGGUGGAAAAUGCUAUGGCUUUGUUACUUUUACAAAUCCUCGCUCAGCAGUUGAUGCCAUCAGUGACAUGAAUGGCAGGGCUAUAAAUGGGCAAGUUGUGAAAGUGAAUGAAGUGACAACUAGGGGUGGUAGAUCACAUUUCAGUCGGGACCGCCAUCGGCAAACUGGAUGGGAUAAAGGUCGAGAGAGAGAAAGAAAUCGUGAUCAUGGUAGUUAUCAUUAUGGAGAUAGAUUCGGAGAGCAUGAUCUGUCUGGGGACCAUGAUGCAAGUAGAGAAAGAGUAUAUGGAUAUCACAAUCGUGAUAGAGCAAGGGGGUCUUUCUUUGAUAGAGAUCAAGACAGAGACAUGGAGGAUAAUGUGCAAGGAGAGGGCAGGGAUCAUUAUAGAGUGGCAGAAAGGGAUCGAGAGCUGAGUUUGGAUCGAGAUGGGAUAAUUGAUGGAAGUGAUGGUUAUGAUAGAAGUAAUGGUGAGGACAAAGAUCAACUUAAGAGAUGGAAUGGCAGUUCUAUACCAAAUGACCAAAAUAGUCCAGGGCUUUCAUCUGAUUCAACUGAUAACUAUGAUCAGGUGAAAAAAGAGCUGGAUAGAUCAAUUCAGGGGCGGGAAGAACUCAGAAAAGAGAUUUCACAAAUGGAAGGAAGGUUGGAAGAGAGACAAAAACUUGUUUUGGAUUUACAGAAGAAAGCUAAGACAUUGGAAGAUGCAUUGGUUACAGCAAAGAAGUUCUCUUCAAAACGAAAGAUGCAGUUAACCAAGUUGCAUAAAUGCUUCUUGCAAGUGAAGGAUUACAGGGAAAGACUUAAAAGCAGCGAAUUAGAACUUGAGUCACUGGUUGAGUCGACCAUGCUAGAGAGUGGUGAUGAUGUUGACAUAAAGAAUAGUACGCUGGCAAAUGGUUUUGCAUGAUAUUAUCCAGAAGUUUUUUUUUUAACUGCAAAGAUGCCAUGUCCUCUAAGGGUGCCAUGCAAGGCUGUAGAUAGCUUCAAAAUAUCUAAGUGUAGCAUUAACUCCUUAAGCAAGUAGUAUAUUCCAUGAAUUUCAAACUUAUGUGACUGUUAUAUGCUUUAUGUUCUUAAUUGAUGUGCAUCAGGUGUUGGCUGUAGAUUCUAGUUAAA